AUGGCGUUGAAGGCGGACCCCAGGUCCCCUCCCCGCAGCUCGACCAAGCCCUUGGCCAGGACCUCCAGGCCCUCGGAGGUCACGCUGGUGCUCACGCCGGGGCCCCGCAGGGAACUCAGGCACUUCUCCAGUAAGAGCUUCCGGUACUGCCUCACCUGGGGGACACGGGGCCGUCAGCCCCCGCCUGGCUGUCCGGGACACGCCGCCAUGGGCCCCUCACCCCCGGCCCCCGCCCCGGCCCCCACGGACCUUCCUGGGGGCGCCGAGGCCACGUUGCCGAGGGCGCGCAGGGAGAGCACCCUCAGAACCUCGUCCUCCUGCUCCGCGCCCUCUCCAGCAUCAGCACCGCCCGCUUCAGCAGCUUCUUCUGGUGCAGGAUCGGGUCACUCAUGA